AUGCAACUGCAGGCCAAUUGCCAAUAUGUCUGAACAGAUUCUCAAGCCAAAGGAGGAGCUUGGUCAUGCCGACUUUGACCAUAACGAAGUCUUGAAGAACAAUGAUCUUAUGCAUGAUGCCUUUGAUGCUGAACAGCGCGAGCAUGAGCAGGGUGUUUGGGCUGCCGCGAAGGCCCAUCCUUGGGCUUGCUUCUGGGCCUUCAUCAUGUGCUUUACCAUUGUCAUGGAAUCGUUCGAUAUGUUUCUGAACGGAAACUUUGUCGCUCUGCCCGCCUUCCAGAAACACUACGGAGUCCACGUCGAGGGUUCAGGCUGGACCAUUCCAACAAGAUGGCAGAGUGCUCUCUUCCAAGCAGGACAAUGUGGUGCUUUCGUGGGUGUCUUCCUUGCCGGACCUAUCACCAAUAAGUUUGGUUACCGAUGGACAACAAUAUUUGCCCUGAUGCUCAUGAAUGCGACCAUCUUCAUCUCAUUUUUUGCCAACUCGUUGGAGCUCCUUGUCGUCGGACAAGCACUGGAAGGGGUACCGUGGGGUUUCUUCAUUGCCAACUCCCCUGCCUACGCUUCUGAGAUCGUACCCCUUGCGCUCCGUGGUGCUUGUACAGCGACUCUGCAGAUGAGUUGGUCUAUCGGAUCCAUCAUCGUGGCUGGUGCUACUUAUGCCUACAAUAAGAGAAAUGAUCAGUGGGCUUGGCGUGUGCCUCUCGCUUUGCAAUGGCUUUUCCCCACCCCUCUCUUGAUUCUCGUGUUUCUCUCUCCCGAGUCUCCAUGGUGGCUCAUUCGUAAAGGUCGCAAAGAUGAGGCACUGCGCUCGAUUCAGCGCCUCGGAAGCGAUGACAAGGAGGUAGCUCACCAGAAGCUUGCCAUGAUGGAGCGUACUGUCGAGAUUGAGGAGCAGGAGGGUGGCAACCCUUCUCUGCUCGACCUCGUCAAGGGUACCGACUUGAGACGAACAAUCAUUACUUGCUUGAUCUAUGCCUCCCAGAACUUCGCCGGUAACUUGAUCGCUAACCAAGCCACUUUCUUCUUCGAACGAGCUGGCGUCUCAACCGAACGUGCGUUCCAGCUUAACCUCAUCAACUCAUGCCUCCAGUUCGUUGCCAACAUCUUGUCUCUCCCCAUCACCAGUUCUUUCGGCCGCCGUACUAUCUACCUCUUGGGAACAAUCAUCAAUGUCGCCUUCUUGUUCAUCCUCGGCAUCGUCGCCACAAUCCACCAGACCACCGCCACCAACUACACACAAGCUGUGCUUGGAAUAUUGAUAUCCUUCGUCUAUGCUGGUAGUCUUGGACCUAUCUCGUACACAAUCAUCGCCGAGACCUCGUCUGUCCGACUUCGUGCUCUGAGCACUGGUGUUGGUCGUGCUGCCUACUACAUUGCCGAGAUCCCCAUGAUCUACCUGGCUUCAAGACUCCUGAACCCUACCGGGUGGAAUCUUGGUGGCAAGUGUGGCUAUGUCUGGGGAGGCACUGCAGUUGUUUGCUUCGUCUCGGCCUACUUCUUCCUUCCUGAGCUGAAGGAUCGAUCAUACCGUGAGACUGAUAUCUUGUUCAAACGCAAAGUCCCUGCAAGGAAGUUCAAGUCGACUGUCAUCGAUGUCAGGGACAACGAGUAG